CUAAUAAAUGUGGUGAACACAAACGAUAUAUUCGCAACCUCUCAGCCAUCAUUGAAAGUGAAGAUCUAUCUGAGACUACAUACGAUCUAGCUUGCGUGGCACUUAAUGCAGUACAACAAGAAAAGAAAUCAGAAUUAAUUGUUGAUUUCUGGACGAACGCCAUUUUAGCACAAAAGCGGAAAAUCGAGGCUUUGACUGAACGUUCAGCUUUAGUGGAGGAGCUUACUACUACAACUGUGCGUUCUACUCUUCAACGAGAUAAUCAAGAAAAUCUUAUACGAGAGAAUGUUACAAGACAGUUAGCUGGUGCGGGAGGUGAUCAUUCACUACCAAAAAAACGUCCAUGUAUGAUCCAGAAGGAAGACUCGGCUGAAGAAUGCACUACUAAAGAAGAUUUGCUGAAUUCAAUAAUCGAAACUUCCAAUAUCUUUGAAAAAGUUACAUCUUAUUAUAAUAAGCUCAAAACCAUAUGGCAUGCCCGUGAUUCUGGAGCGGAUUAUUACAUAAUUGACUUAGGAGAUAAUGAAAUUAUAAAGCAAACACAUGAACUUUUGUGCGAAGAUGAAUUAAAAAUGUUAUCCAAAAGACUGACUUUAGAUGACGAAAACAAUCAUAUAAGUACAAAGGCACAUGAAUAUUUAGCAUUAUUCGAUCAAAUUAUAGAAUAUCCUUCGGAGGAAAAAACCACUGAAGUAAAUAAUUUGAUCGAUUUAAAGGAUGAUAACGAUGCUAAGAGCAGUGUCAUUUCUGAAAUGGAAAAAACACUACAUAAAGGAAUUUUAGAAAACACUACAGAACGAUCUUGGACAGCACAUAUCCUAGCAUACUUUUUUUUUAUUACCUUUAGUUUUCUGGAUUCUAUACAAUACUUUUCAUGUGAAAGAACUAUUUCAACAAAGUUAGAUUUGCAAGCUGUUGAUUAUAAGGCAGAUGGAGUUGCGGAAUUUCUAAAACGGCCCAAUCAGAUCCCAGUAUUUUUACUUGAAGUUUCGGGAGACCCUUCUAAACCGGACCUUGAUAAAUUCAGCAAUGAUAGACAAAAAUUAAUGAAGGAAGGUGUUUUCGCUUUAAAUAAGUUCAUGAUGAGAACUAACCUGCCAACUUGGGAAGUAUGUCAAAAUUUGGGAAUCUUUCUAGCGCAAGGAUUUAACUUAAAAAUAUCUGAUAUCGAAGAAGUCUGUCAAAAUGAUGUUGGCAGGAUUAGAUCCUUAGAGGAAUCCAUUACAUCCAAUGAAUCUAAAGCUAAUUCGACCAAUGAAUCUGAAACUAAUCCGCGAGGCUCUUCAACUAAUUC